CUCCUCCGUCCUCGGCGGAUCAAGCGGCUGCAGAGACAAGAACGAGGCGCAGUGAUGUUGGGAGUCCUCCUCCUCCUGUCCCUCUUCCCAAUGGUGGCCCUGGUGCCCCCUCCCAGCGGCCCUCCUGUACCCUGCAGGCGCUGCUGUGACCACCUGGAGCCAGAAGAUGGCAGCGGAGCCGAGCUUCCAACAGGAGGGUUCAACCAUGUGCCAGAAGUACGCACCUACAUCAACAUGACCAUCCUUAAAGGCGACAAAGGAGAUCGUGGCGACAGGGGAACACCAGGUAAACUUGGACACGAAGGCCCACCAGGCCCCAGAGGUGAAACAGGCUCAACCGGCUCCAAGGGCCAGGCCGGGCUUCCAGGAGACCCCUGCAAGAUCCAGAACUCGGCCUUCUCAGUCGGCCGCCGCAAAUCACUCCACAGUCUGGAGUCCUUCCAGGGUCUUUUGUUUGACACGGUUUUCGUCAACCUGGGGGACCACUUUAACAUGUUCAAUGGUAAAUUCAUUUGCCAUAUCCCGGGGGUCUACUUCUUCAACAUCAAUCACACGUGGAAUUUUAAAGAGACAUAUCUGCACAUUAUGCAGAACGAGACGGAGCGCGCCAUCGUUUACGCGCAGCCCAGCGAGCGCUCCAUCAUGCAGAGUCAGAGCCUGAUGCUGGAGCUGGAGCUGAGUGAAGAGGUGUGGGUCCGCCUGUACAAGAGGGAGAGGGAGAACGCAAUUUACAGCGACGAUGUAGACGUCUACAUCACCUUCAAUGGAUACCUUAUCAAAGCUAGUGCAGAGGGAGAAUGAAGAAGAGAGGGAAGGCUGAGGAUUGGACUGAUGAGCAACAACAUGCAAUUCACUGUAAAACAAGUUCUCCUCUUCCUCAUAUAGAAAAGACAUUCAGCAUGGUAGCUGAAAAAUAAGCAAUAUCUCUUGGAGAAAAUGUGAACAAUGAUCUCGAUCUGCAAUCACCUCAUAGGAAAGUGUAGAAAAUGUUCAAGUAUCUAAUGCAGAAUGAGAUUCAUACAGUGAUACUGCAAACCAGCCAUGACAGAAAAUAUGAUUAUUUGUUAUCUUGCCAUGCGUUAAUAGGAGAUUAAUAUCACUUUUGUAACUAAUUAAUAAAUCCGAGCUGAAACUUGCAGCUGGUUAGCGUAGCUUAGCAUAAAACCUGGAAAAGCCGGUCUCCGGGCAGAGGUAACAAAUCUGCCCAUCAGCACUUUUAAGGUUAACCGAGGGUUUUUGUUAAACGUAUUUACUUUUUGAUCGAUGGUUUUAUAAAAACAAAAGAAGACAGAAUUGAACUGUACAAUUUUUUAUCCGUUUAAUUUUAAUGAAGAAAAAGAUGAUAUUUUGUUAUCAUCUGCAAUUUGAAAAAAGCUAAGUUGUGGUUUAUGUUAUAGGAUAAAGUUAGGAAAAGUAAAGUCAAUAAGGCAAUAAUAUCACUGGUACUGUCAGCUCAUACUGAUUUUUGUAUGUGGUGCUAAAAACGGUGCUAACUAAACUUUUGUUUAGUGUGAACUUACAGUUACUGAAAAUGCAGAAAACCAUCAUGUGUUUUUAAUUCAAAUAAAAAGACAUUAAUUACAUUGUAUUUUAAACUCACUUGACUGUUGAAACAAGUUUGCCAGAAGGUGCUUGCAAUUACCUACAAUUAAAAUAGAUAUAAUUAACAUUAGAUCUCAUAUUAUAUGAUUUUAUACUUGAUUUUACAAUAGGACAACUAUCAGUUAAAAUCUUGUGUUACAUUUUUCUAACUUAGACACCACAGGAGAAUAAUGAGGUAAGUAUUUUCAUUGUGUAGGCCCCUAUAUGUUUGUUUUUAAUUAUUUCCAUCAGUGGGCUUUACGUUUAAUGUAUAGUCCAUGUCUACAAUGUUACACAUUAAUGUAGUUUAUGUUGUUAGUUGUUCACAUGACCACUAGAGGGCAUUCAAACCUCAUUAUCAACUGCAGAGGUAAAGUCCUGAAGUCAGACACCAACAAUCCUCAUUUGUCGUACUCAUGAACGCAGCAAAGUCUUCCCACGUUUAUAUUCAGACCACUGAUAUAAGAGUUAUAUGAAUUAACUACCCCCCCCCCAAUUUCAACGAAGCUGUCUUCUCUACACUACUAAUUAUUCCAAAUCUUGAAGAUGAGACAGUAUCAUCAAAUUUAAAUAGUUCAAUUUGAUAUUAAACUAUAAGCAGCUUAGCAACUCAAUAUUAAUUAUGUGCUAUCUUAUGUGAUUUUCAUUGUGCCAUUAUAUCAUGUUACAAGAGGGA